AUGGCGUCGCCGCACAACUACAAUAACGACUGCUAUGACCCGCGUAAUUAUGACUCCGCUUCCCUUCCUGUUAACCAGUCGAUCCCCUUGCAAGACCUCUCAAGACCCCCAGAUAUUGUGACACGAGAUGGACCAGAGCAGCGACGCAGAAGAACGAGCAGCAGCAGCAGCACUGCGGGACCCGAGGGAUUUCCUGUCCAGAGAACGUCGAUAAUAGGGCGCAGGGGCAUUGGGAGGAGAUAUGAACGGAUAGCGGAGGAUUCUCCCGGUCCGACGGGGCGGAGCGGGAUGGAUAAUUUCCAGACCGUCAAUUUGUCCCACGAUCAUCUUCAUCAUAAUUCCCCUAUAUCCCAUGCUGAUGAUGACCAGCCGUAUACACACAACAGUUUUCAGGAAGCCGUAGCCUCCGUUGGAUUGGCCUUCGAUGGGUCAUCACCUUCGCAUUUCUCGGGCCAGGAUUCAGCUCAGCAACGCUCUUACCAAGCUAAUGUGAGGGAAUCUGAUGACAUGACUCCCUUUUCCUAUAUGGGCAGCCAUAUUCCCAACGACGAGGAACUUUACAUGUCCCCGACUGAUACGAACGAAAAUGACACCACACCACUUACAGAUCAGAGAUAUCAACAACCCAUUGACGGCGUUUCCACCUCGCAUGGCCAGCGACAUGACAGGCCCAGCGUGCACUUCGCUAAAGAGCCGACAGUCGCUGGGACACAUCUGGGCGAUGAUCUACCACACUUGGAAGAAGGGAAUAAUAGGGUGCGUAGUGGCUCCAGCAGCCCGAAUUUUCCAGGUCGUAGGACACGUCAGCUCUCGCCUGCUCCCAAUUCCGCACUAUCAAGAGCGGGCUCGAUGAUGAAAAUGAUGUCGCAACGUGUGGUGAAUAUUAGUCAUGAACCGGAGAUCGUUGAGCAAUCACUUCGGAACAAAUCAUCGCUUAAGAAUGCCCGACUCGAGGCUCCACCAUCGCUACCUGCAAUGACGGAGUACGCCCAUGACAUAUCGACGCCGGGGCUAGAGGACGAUUUCCCACCUGAAAAGCGCCCAUCGCUUUUCUCCAAACUACGAAACCCAGAUGCGUAUCAGAAAGAGGAAAACCCGCUCAAAGGCAAUUCGUUGGGUAUCUUCACUCCGAACAAUCGACUACGGAGAGGGUUGCUGGAAAUCCUCAUCCACCCCUCAAUAGAGCCGAUAAUUCUCGUCCUCAUUAUCGUCCAGACGGUAUUACUAGCUAUUGAAUCCUCGGUAUACAAAGGCGAACGGGGGAGUCGCUGGGGGAAUCCCCCAUUCGACUACGCGUUCCUCGUUCUCUUUAUCAUUUAUACGCUCGAGAUCAGCGCAAGGAUCAUUGUCUCUGGACUUAUAUUUAAUGCAGAUGAAUAUAGUACCUUGGAUCGAUCACUUGGUUUAAGAAAAGCUUUGGUCGCAAAGGGGAAGGAUCUUUUGAUGCCACAACGACAGUUUUCUAAAAGGCACUCGAGCGAGCCGGUCGAACCUCAAGUAUCCGUUUUAAGGUCGUUCACAGGUAUUCAAAACACAACGGACCCGUCUGGGGAUGCUAACUCCCUGCAGCGAUUCCGUCUUGCUCGCCGGGCAUUUUUUCGUCAUUCAUUCACCAGGAUAGAUUUUCUUGCUGUUGUAUCAUACUGGAUAUCUUUUGUCUUGUCAAACUUAUCUCUUGAGUCGGGGCAUCAUCUUUAUGUUUUCCGAAUGCUGAGCUGCCUUCGAAUUCUGAGACUUUUGGGUCUCACUAAUGGUACUUCGGUCAUUUUCCGAAGUUUGAAAAAAGCUGCCCCCCUACUGGUCCAUGUUGCUUUUCUCAUUGGUUUUUUCUGGCUCUUGUUCGCCAUUGUAGGCGUCCAAAGCUUCAAGUCCAGCAUGCGCCGGACUUGCGUCUGGGUUGAUCCCGAGAACCAAAAUAACUUUACUUUGAAUUCUGCGCCUGAUAAGAUCCAAUUCUGCGGGGGUUACCGUGAGGUUGGCACAGGUGCCAGUAAGCCCUGGAUUUUGCCUGAUGGACGAGCAGGCGCGGUCGAUGCAAAGGGUUACCUUUGCCCUGAGGGUUCCCUCUGUGUGCAAGGCAGCAACCCUUAUGGCGGAACUAUCAGCUUUGACAAUGUCGCCCAUUCCCUGCAGCUCGUUUUCGUAGUCAUGAGCUCAAACACUUUUACCGACAUCCUUUACUACAUGACUGAUACUGACUUCCUUGGCGCUGCUUUGUUUUUCGUCGUCUCGUUUGUCAUCCUCAGUUUGUGGCUGGUCAACUUAUUAGUUGCUGUCAUCACGUCGUCAUUCCAAGUUAUCCGGGAAGAAAGCAGGCGCAGCGCAUUUGCCAGUGAACAGAUUGACGAGAGAGAGUUCGUGGACGAUACCCCUCGCAAGCUACGUGGACUGAAACUUUUCUAUGAUCGAACUUACUGGCUUUGGAUUACUGUGAUUGGAUUCGGUCUUGUAGUUCAGUGUCUCAGAAGUUCCUCCAUGGGGCAUGCCCGGCGACAACUUAUCGACAGGACUGAAAUAUUUGUCACCAUUAUUCUUGCUGUUGAAGUAUGCCUUCGAUUUGCGUCUGACUGGAGGAAUUUCUUUAGAGGCUCCCGUAAUUGGGUUGACUUGGCGCUUGCGAUCAUUACCUGCAUCAUUCUAAUACCGCCAAUACGAUAUUCCAGUCGAGCAUACGCCUCACUUUCAAUAUUUCAGGUAUUGCGUAUAUAUCGCAUCGUUCUUGCGUUCUCCGUGAUGAGCGAUUUGAUCAAGACGGUAUUCAAGAACGUAGUUGGCUUGCUCAACCUCAUUAUCUUCGUGUUUCUCAUUACAUUUUUGGCCUCAAUAUUCGCUGUCCAGUUAUUCCGGGGCCAGAUACCUUCGCAGGAUAUGGAUGGGAAUGAUGUACAAAUAACUUUUUUCGACAUAUACAACUCAUUUUUGGGAAUGUAUCAAAUACUUUCCAGCGAGAACUGGACGUCGAUAUUAUACUCAGCAGUCCAAUCUACCUAUCCGUGGAACACAGGCUGGAUCUCAGCUAUUUUCUUGACUAUGUGGUUCAUUCUGGCUAACUUUGUUGUCCUGAACAUGUUCAUUGCUGUUAUCCAGGAGAGCUUUGAUGUGUCUGAGGACGAGAAGCGGAUUCAGCAGGUGAAGGCUUUCUUACAACAGAAGCAGCUCAGUGGGUCUUCUCAGGGGAAUCUUUCACUCUCAACUAUAUUUAGACUUGGUCGCAAUUCUCAACGAUACCGAGACCCACUCGAUCAUGGCCCUGCGGCGCUUGAAAUGCUACUGAAGGAUGCUGUCGUCAACGAGUUUCUCGAUGAGCAGCCGCCGCGAUCGCCACCUGCAGAUAUCCCGCCAACGGAGACCCAACCCAGCCAUCCUGAACAUAGUAACGGCACUACCAACAUUUUCAUCUCACUGAAAAACCGGAUCAUGAACCGAGAACCCAAUCCUUUCUAUUCAAAACUGAAAUUUUCCAAAGUUUAUGACGACUCAGAUCCAACUGCAAUGGCUAAAGAGGUUCUCUCUGCGUCGGAGCAACGGAAGCGUGCACAACGACAGUACCUCCAAAAAUAUCCUAAUUAUAAUGUCUCGUUGUAUAUCUUUAAGCCCACACAUCCUUUACGACGAUUAUGCCAGAGAAUUGUUGGACCGGGUCGAGGGAGCAGUCGUUUCGAGGGGGUAGAUCCUUACAAGCCAGUGUGGUAUACCUUUUCAGCAUUCCUUUAUGCUGCGAUCGUCGCCAUGGUUUUGCUUGCUUGCGUAUCUUCACCCCUUUAUCAACGAAAUUAUCUCCAGACUCAUAAACCUGGUCUCAGUAACUGGUUCGUCUGGACAGAUCUAACUUUUGCAAUUCUUUUCACUAUUGAGGCCGUGAUAAAGGUUAUUGCAGAUGGCUUUUUUUGGACACCAAAUGCAUACUUUCGAGGCUCUUGGGGUUUCAUUGACGGGGUCGUGCUGGUUACGCUGUGGAUCAACGUUGUAUCGGCAAUAUUUAACGCUACUGCCACAUCGCGUGUUGUGGGUGCGUUCAAGGCUCUGCGAGCUUUGAGGUUGCUAAAUGUCAGUGACAGUGCGAGAGAAACUUUCCACGCCGUGAUUAUAUUGGGUGGGUGGAAGGUUAUUUCUGCGGCAUUUGUGUCAAUGAGUUUCCUGGUCCCAUUCGCUAUCUACGGCUUGAAUCUAUUCAACGGGCAGCUCAAAUCUUGCAACGAUAAUAACUUUGGGCACAGUUCAUUGGACCACUGUGUGGGCGAAUAUAUGAGCUCCCCAUAUGCAUGGAAUGUUUUGGCACCGCGGGCGGUUUCGAAUCCGUAUUACAGUUUCGACAAUUUCGGGGAAUCGCUCUUCAUUCUUUUCCAAAUUGUGUCCCAGGAAGGCUGGACUGGUGUCUUAUGGCAAUCGAUGGCAAUAACUGGAGUAAACCAACAACCUGAACCCCUUGCAUCUCAAGAAAAUGGCCUUUUCUUCAUCGUUUUCAACUUGCUCGGCGCUGUCUUCGUGUUGACACUGUUUGUCUCCGUCUUUAUGCGAAACUACACUGAACAAACCGGGGUAGCAUUCUUGACUGCUGAGCAGCGAUCUUGGCUGGAACUUCGCAAACAUCUACGACAAAUAUCACCUUCCAAACGGUCCAUUGACAAGGAUAGCAGUAAAAUCAAAUCGUGGUGUUACAAAAUUGCAGUCAAAAAACACGGACGCUGGUCAAGGUUUAUUACAGCCCUUCUGUUAUUCCAUCUCCUUCUCCUAGUUCUUGAAUUCUACCCUGAAUCUGUCUGGUGGGAUAGAACUCGAGAUAUUAUAUUUUUGAUUUUAACGCUAUUCUAUAUCGCCAAUAUUUUCAUUCGAAUUGUCGGCCUAACGUGGCAACGAUUCAGUAGAAGUUCGUGGGACUUAUACUCGAUCGUUUCGGUACCUGGAACCUUUAUCACAACAAUACUCUCAGUAAUUCGAUACGAGAAUAUCGUCUUUACACGUCUCCAUAAACUAUUUCUUGUCUCUAUAGCUUUGUUGAUGAUUCCUCGGAAUAGCGAGCUCGAUCAGCUAUUCAAGACCGCUGCUUCCAGUCUGACGGCCAUUGGCAACCUUCUGGCAACCUGGUUUGUUCUUUUCCUUGUCUAUGCAAUUGCCCUCACUCAGAUAUUUGGCCUUACCAAGUUUGGGAAAGGGGAAAAUGGCAAUAUCAAUUUCAGAGAUGUUCCAAGGGCACUUGUUCUUCUUUUCCGUACAAGUGCUGGAGAGGGUUGGAACGAGAUAAUGGAAGAUUUUGCUACCAUGGCGCCACCUUACUGCACAGCCGAGGGACGAUUCUUUGAGAGCGACUGCGGUAGUGCCGCUUGGGCCCGCGCUCUUUUUAUUUCCUGGAAUAUUCUUAGCAUGUACAUUUUUGUAUCUCUCUUCGUAUCGCUUAUUUUCGAGAGUUUUUCUUAUGUCUACCAACGAAGCAGCGGGCUGUAUGCAAUCAGCAGAGAGGAGAUCCGGCGUUUCAAACAAGCAUGGGCUACCUACGAUCCUGAUGGAACUGGAUAUAUCUCUAAGGAAGCUUUUCCGAGGUUGUUAGGGGAGCUAUCUGGCAUAUUUGAGAUGCGCAUCUACGACGGUGACUUCACAGUUGGCCGUAUCGUGGAAGACUGCAAAGUCCAUCGCAGGGAAUCAAGUCAGACGCCAUAUGUACGAGCCAUUGAUGGAAUUGACUUGGACAAGUUGCAACGUAGGAUUGAUCGCAUCCCCGUCCAGCAAAUCCGCAGAAAGCGCGCUCGCAUGAAUGCUUUUUAUGAAGAAGUCCUCGUUUCGGCAGACCCUGAAAGAGGCAUUUCCUUCACUUCUUGCCUGAUGAUUCUUGCUCAUUACAAUGUGAUCACUGAUAGUAAGAGUUUGAGACUCGAGGAAUUCCUCCGUCGCCGAGCUCGCCUCCAGCGCGUAGAAGAAGCGGUCCGACGAAACGUAGUGAUUGGUUUUUUUGACACAUUGUAUUGGUCCCGAAAAUUCCGUCGCCGCUAUGAACCUGAUCAUGACUCCCGCCUCGGCUCUGUGCCACAGUUUGCUGUUCCAGAAAUUUUUGUGGAAGAUGGCGAGCAAGAUGAGCAACCGCAGCAACAACGCCAAAGCAGGCCAUCGCAGCCCUCGGAUUCAGCUUUGCCUUCUCCCAUGCUCUCGCCAGAUUCGUUAAGUCGCUCCUCCCGCGAUGAGGCUGGUCGCAGACGAAUGCUCAGCCCACCUUCUAUUGACACAAAUAUCUCCCAAAGCUCAGGCUCACAAACACGCAAUGCCGACUGGGCAAGUAGAAGUCCUUCAUCGUCUCCGCGCCUAAGCCGCACGUUCUUUAGUUCCACUCCUCCCGGCCCAGAUGAUAUAACAACCCAUCGACCGGAUAAUGACAGCUCUGUCAGUGUGCAGGGCGUCAUGGAGUCGCUAGACAAUUCUGCAUGGGGCGAAAGUAUCAGACGGAGUUUCACGAUGCGUCGGUCGCAGGGCCGGGAAUAA